CUCGGAUACGCUGGUAUGAAGGCAAUGAUGGUAUGAUCGAAAAUUCUGGUACCGCUGAUCAAACAUACGAUACUUUGAAGAUGAAUGGUGUGAGCACCUAUUGCGGCUCUCUGUGGUUGACAUUAUUGCAUGCUGAAGUAUCAUUUGCUAGUGAAAUUGAUGACAUUAGGAGUGGAAAUUUAUACACAGGAUUUUUGUUGAGAGCAGGAGAUAUAUUUGAAAGUGAAUAUUAUAAUAUUUAUCUUCAAAUGGAAUG